CAACUGUAGAAAUAAGUCCCGGUUCACCAACAUUUCACUGUUUCUCCUCCUCUACCGAACGUAGACACAAAUUCGUACUCUACCCUCUAAUACCACAGACGACAUUUGACACAUCUGCUUUCAAAGAUUCACCAUGCACCUCAUCGGUCUCAUAGCCACCACGUUUGUAGUGCUCGCCUUCGGGGCUGCUCUGCCAUAUCACAGAGGCGUAGCCGCGAACCGGGUUCUCACCAGAGACGUCGAAGAAGACGACACGGCCAUUGUUUACAAUUAUGGUCCAUCGGGAGUAGAUGGUAUUGAGGCUCCUGGAACUUCUGGUACUGACGAUGACGACGCCAUCGCCUACACCUGAGCUUUUCUUGUUGACUGAAGUAUUGGAUAUUUUGGCAAUGAUAUCACAACUACAAUUAUCCUACCAGACAGCACUGAUUAUGUAGAUACUUACAUAUGCCUCCAACAAAGCUGAAUGCACCGUAUUUGGGAAGUUUCCUGCCUAAGGUCAUUUUAGGAAAACUGUAUGAUGAUAGCAAAACCUCGGAUGAUCUCUUGCCAGAAGGAGGUAGACUUGCAAAAGCGGC